AUGAGAUGGCGAGUUUGGAAGGAGAAGAAGAUAUGCGAUGUCUUGACAAAGAGCCUCGUAUUACAUAAUCCGCCGAUUCGAACCACGAACCCGUUCUUGUUUGUGAUUCAGACGAAGCAUCACUCCCGCGACGUCCUCCCGAACAAUCGACCAGCAGGUCAAUCAAGACGAACACUGCUUCCAACUCAAAGCGUCCGCCUCGUGCUGAGACAACCCGUCGUGUCCUCCCUCUAUUUCCGAUCGUUCGACACAUCCCACAACACACCAUCAACAUGGCUGGAGGCGCCCCGAGGCCAGGAGGCAUUCCUCCUAUUCGCGUUCAUCGUUUUCUUGGAACAGCCCUCGGCGCUGGAAUGUGGUUCUUCGUAUGUUCCAUCUCGCCUCAUGGACUUCAGAUUGAUGUACCGGGCAAAGAAGGACGGUCCCGUUCUCUUGGGCUGGAAACACCCCUGGGAACAUUGA